UCGAAUUGGAAUGGGGCCGCAAACUAUAUCCGUCGACCGGUCCACGGUCGGCGAGCGGCCUCAUGUUUGGUCUGCCCCCCACGGCGGCAGAUAUGAAUCAGCCGCGCGGUCCGAUGACUUCGCUGAAAGAGGAGCCGUUAGGUGCGCGCGCCUGGAUGCAACCGGUCAUCGAUCAGAGCAAUUUGGGCAUCGGUCGAGCUCACUUCGAAAAGCAGCCACCGAGUAAUUUGCGUAAAUCAAAUUUUUUCCACUUUGUCAUUGCGUUGUACGAUCGUGCCGGUCAACCAAUUGAAAUCGAACGCACCGCAUUUAUUGGAUUUAUCGAAAAGGAUUCGGAAUCGGAUGCGACCAAAACAAAUAAUGGCAUACAGUAUCGGCUGCAACUGCUCUAUGCGAAUGGUGCGCGCCAAGAGCAGGACAUAUUUGUGCGACUCAUCGAUUCGGUGACAAAGCAGGCGAUUAUUUACGAAGGGCAAGAUAAAAAUCCGGAAAUGUGUCGAGUUCUGUUAACGCAUGAGGUUAUGUGCAGUCGCUGUUGUGAUAAAAAAAGUUGUGGCAACCGCAAUGAGACACCAUCAGAUCCUGUCAUUAUUGAUCGAUUUUUCCUGAAAUUCUUUCUAAAAUGCAAUCAAAAUUGUUUGAAGAACGCCGGCAAUCCAAGAGAUAUGAGACGCUUUCAGGUUGUCAUCUCCACUCAAGUGACCGUUGACGGCCCGCUUUUAGCCAUAUCCGAUAAUAUGUUCGUACAUAACAAUUCGAAACAUGGACGUCGCGCUAAACGCUUGGAUACCACGGAAGGUACAGGAAACUCCUCCCUGUCCUUAACGGGUCACCCACUCGCGCCUGACAGUACCUAUGAUGGUCUCUAUCCACCAUUGCCUGUGGCCACGCCCUGCAUCAAAGCGAUUUCGCCCAGUGAGGGUUGGACUUCUGGCGGCGCCACAGUCAUUAUUGUUGGUGAUAAUUUCUUUGAUGGCCUCCAAGUUGUCUUCGGCACAAUGCUCGUUUGGAGCGAACUGAUUACAUCGCAUGCCAUUCGGGUGCAGACACCACCACGACACAUACCCGGUGUGGUGGAGGUGACUUUGUCAUACAAGAGCAAACAGUUUUGCAAAGGUUCACCGGGGCGUUUUGUUUAUGUUUCCCUCAACGAGCCAACCAUCGAUUAUGGUUUUCAACGCCUACAAAAACUCAUACCACGUCAUCCUGGUGAUCCGGAGAAGUUGCAAAAGGAAAUCAUACUCAAGAGAGCAGCCGACUUAGUUGAAGCCUUGUAUUCGAUGCCAAGAUCUCCUGGCGGCUCAACCGGCUUCAACUCCUACACCGGCCAGCUGGCUGUGAGCGUUCAAGAUACCGCCGGCCAAUGGACCGAGGACGAUUAUCAGCGGGCACAGUCGAGCAGCGUUAGCCCACGUGGCGGUUAUUGCAGUAGCGCUUCUACGCCACACAGUUCGGGCGGCUCUUAUGGCGCUUCGGUGGCCGCUAAUGGUUAUGGACCCACCACCAAUAUGGGUACGUUAUCCUCUUCACCAGGCAGUGUUUUCAACUCCACCAGCAGAGUAAGCGGGCUCAGCUUCAAUCCGUUCACAUUACCAACAUGUAAUACCCAAGGUUAUGGGACCAGUCAGCUGGUGACGUCCACUAAAUAAAAUGCGAAUUGGUUUUCAAACAUAUUGGAACAGCAAAUAUCAAAGAAACAUACAUACAUAUUUACAUAAAACAUAUGAGCAGUUGCGU